AUGGGCGAGCUUUCUCGUCGCUUGGCCAAAACGGCUCUUUUCACCCCCCUCAAGGUGGGCAACAUCCAACUCCAGCACCGGGUCGCCCUCGCCCCUUUGACGCGCAACCGCGCACAUCCGGAUGGGACGCCGAGCGAGAUAGCGAUCACGUACUACAGUCAGCGGGCGAGUUUUCCUGGGACGCUCCUGAUCACCGAAGGAACAUUUAUUGCCCCGGAGGCUGGCGGGUUGGCUUGCGCCCCGGGAAUCUAUACGGAGAAGCAGAUCGCUGCCUGGAAGAAGAUCACUGACGCGGUUCACUCGCGCGGCUCCUUCAUCUUCUGCCAGUUGUGGGCACUCGGCCGUGCCGCCAGCGGUUCACUCCUGAAGCCCCAUGGUUUUGAUGUGAUCGGCCCCUCGGCAAUCCCCAUCAAGUCCCCUAGGGCUGACCAGCCUCGCGCGCUUAGGACCGAGGAGAUUCCCCACUGGACUGGGUUAUAUGCACAGGCCGCCAAGAACGCGAUGGCAGCCGGGUUUGACGGGGUCGAGAUCCACGGAGCGAACGGCUACCUUGUAGACCAGUUCAUUCAGGACGUCUCGAACGAUCGCACGGAUGAGUACGGAGGAUCCAUUGAAAACCGAGCAAGGUUUGCGUUAGAGGUCAUCGAUGCGAUAACGAGCGCCGUAGGGCAAGAGCGCACUGGCAUCCGCGUCAGCCCCUGGAGUCCGUUUCAAGAUAUGCGCAUGGCCGACCCUAAACCUACGUUCUCCUACCUGGCACAGGAAAUCAAUUCCCGUUAUCCCAACUUCGCCUAUCUCCACGUCACAGAGCCUCGUGUGAUUGGCAGUGACGAUUGCAAGGUGCCGCCAGAAGAAAACAACAAUUUCUUACGCCAGAUUUGGAGACCGAAGGUGUUUCUAGAUGCUGGAGGGUUUAAGGAGGACGUUGCAGACGUGGUCCCUACCAUGGGGGACGUCAUCGUUUAUGGGCGAUAUUUCCUCUCCAAUCCGGACCUUCCGCUCCGUCUGAAAGAGGGAAUCCCUUUGUCAAAAUAUGAUCGUCGGACGUUCUAUCUGGUUGGUCCGGACAAGACGGAAGGGUACAUUGACUACCCUACGGCAGAGGAGCUAGGGGCGUCGAAGAUACCACGUUGCGAUCUGCCGAGGAAAUGCUAA